UUCACUCGUCCGUCAGUCAGUCAGUCAGUCAGUCAUGGAUCAUGACGAGUACGUCCAUAGCGUCUGUCGUUGCAAUCAAUACACCCUGAAACCCAUAACACACACAUCUCCCUCUCUCCACCAGCCAUCCAUCCAUCCAUGUCCCACAAGCAAACUCCCCCCCCUUCGCCCCCCAGCCCACCUUGUCUAAUCUACUUCGUCAAUUGAGGCCGGUAUGCCCCCUCCCUGCUGCAUCGCCUCCACAGCCUGCGGGACAUCCACCUCAGGAGGUGGCGGGGGCUGCGCCAGCUGGCCCAGCACGUUGCCGACGUCCCCGAGCGCCUUGCUCAUGUCCGCCGGCACGUCCACUUUGCCAGGUGUGGGUGCGGAUGGGAUGGAGGGCAGCUCCAUGCCGGAGAGGAAGUCCAUGACCCCCUUGGACUGCUCCGACGCCACGCCGGGUACUGGGGUCUCUGUGGCGCCCUUGAAGAGCCCCGCGAACACCUUGAGGGCCUCGAAGACGGAGAGGUCGUUGAAGAGCUUGAAGUGCAGGAACUUGAUCACAACAUAUCCAGUGGUAAGCAGCACCAGAUACCGACCCACAAACAUGUCGGUCGACUCAGUCACCUUGCGCACCACCUGCACAAAUGACAGACACCACAGACACAAGAAUACGCAAACACAUCUAUCGGCCGGCAUCAUACAAACCUUGAGGCUCUCGCCGAACAGUUUGAUGACGCCCCCGAAGAGGAUGAGUAUGAGGUCGAUGGGCGUGACGUCGAGGUUCCCCCGCCCCGUGGUGGUCACCACCUGCACCCUCUCCUCCCCACCCCUAGCCUGAGGCCGCCGGCUGCCGCCGCUGCUGCUGCUGCUCCUCGACCUCCUGGAUGAUGCUGGCUGCAUCACGCUGGUCUGUGUCUGCUGCCGGUUGGUGUUGGCGACCUUGCCCUCUAGAUAGCGGUCGACCAGGAGGCCGCCCACGAGGCGGCUGGGGAGGCCGAAGAAGAAGUCCGCAUAGGUGCAGAAGACCGUGAUGAUCUUGGUCGAACCGAUCAGGACGAAAUUCGUCGCAACUGGAUCAGGCAGGCAGGCAGGCAGGCAGGCGGCCACGGAGGGAGGGAGGGAGGGAGGGAGGAUUGUGUGCGUGUGAAUGGGAUGGAUGAUUUAUCGUGGAUACCUACCGGCGAAGACGGUUCCUGCAAUGAAGGUCUCGACGGUCUCGUGCAGAGGCAGCACCCAUGAUAGCCCACGCUCCCUGAUUGACAUACACACAUUCACACACAACGCACACGAUGUCUUUUGUGUGUUGUCUGUUGUGUGUUGUGUGUCGGUUUGCGCCAAGGCUGGCUGAGCCGCCUCGCUCUCUCUGUGUCGAUCGUAUCACUCUGUCUCUCACUACUGACUGACUUGAUGAAGGGCAGGAUGCCCUCGUAGUAGAAGCUCUCCACGAUGCAAAACUCCAGCCGCACCCGCAACAGCCCUCCCGCUAUCAGAGGACCAUAUCUGCCAGCGGGCGGAAAAACAUCACACACGUCAGUCAGGUCAGAUGGCGAACGAACGAGUGCAGGGCCAUAGUUGUGUAUGUGUGUACGUGCGUGCGUGUGCGUUGGCUCACUCGUCGUAUGCCUCCUUGCCCACGAGCCACAUGACAAAGCUCUGCAGCACCCGAUACAGCUUGUCGCUCGCCCCACACACGGGGCGGAAAUUGUCGGGGUCAAAUAUCGCCGCACCACCACCGUCACCAGCGGCCGCCUCGCUCACGUCACCUAGCGCACUCCACAGCACCGGCACCAGCACCGCCAAAAGCCCGACGGCCGCCAUCAGCUGCUGAUGGUCGCCCUCGCGCGAAGCAGAUCCGUCAUGAGUCCACUCGCUGCCCUUGCUGUCUUCAGAGCGAACGACGAAGCCGCUGCGGGGGAAGUCGAAGGUCUGUUUUCGUUGUGACUGUGGCUGUGUCUGUGUUGCUGCAUCUGAACCAUCGCCAGCAGCAGCAGCAGCAGCAGUGGAAGCCGACGUCUUAAGAAGAGAAGAAGCAAAACGAGAUGAUGAAAGUGGUCGUCGCUGUGGUAGUAGCGAGGAUGGCGGGUUGGUGGAUGGUCUGCGUGACGACAGGCGCACGGCUGGCGUGACGAAUGCAGGAUAAACUUCAAGGUGGGAUGCAUGAGUGAUCACCAGCAGCAGGGAGGAAGAACAGAAACCCAAAACGGUCGCCGUGUUGAAGAUCUUCAGUCGGAGCCGCAUCCUGACCGAGGGCCUUU